CAAACUCCGCACCUUAGAUAAUGCAUCUGAUGCAGGUUCUAAUUUAUCUGAGUUUUAUGGUUGCUUUCGGUCCAAUGGGGCUUGGUGAUCAAACGGCGCACCACCAACCCCCGGCCACGGAUGACGGUGAGCAGUGCUCAACAUGCGAGGUCCGACAGCAGAUCAAAAACAUGAGAUUACACGCCAUCAAGUCACAAAUUCUUAGCAAACUGCGACUCAAGCACGCGCCCAAUAUCAGCCGAGAUGUUGUCAAGCAGCUCUUGCCUAAAGCACCACCUUUGCAGAAACUUCUUGACCAGUAUGAUGUACUUGGAGAUGACAAUAAGGAUGGAGUUAUGGAAGAAGAUGAUGAACAUGCCAUCACAGAAACAAUCAUGACAAUGGCCACUGAACGUAAGUUUUAUAUGAUAUUAUUCAAUGCAACACUUUAUGUCUCUAUAUAAUAACAUUGAAAAGGCACCAGCGCUCAGCUGUUUUUUACGCAUGGGGCACAUAGCGCACCUGCAUGUCUGAUCCCGUAUUAGGCGACUUGCACCACAAUGUUGGAAAUAGGUUGACAUUUCAUAGGAAUUAUUAAUUGUUUUUUUUAGUCUGUCAUUUCAUGUUGACUUGAAACAAAUAUAGAACUUUACGUACGAACCGAGUUCCAUCUUACAAGGUGCCAGUGGCUCUGGUGUUGUGUGGAGGUUCUUAAACUAUAUAGGCUAUAUUGGAGAAUACCCUGGAGAUGACACAUUGUUAAGUGUUUUAUAGUUUAUCAAUGUGUCAUGACAUUGUAACUUUAAAUAUAUAUUUUGAAAGUGGUUUACCAAGGGGUUUCAGUAACGAAAACACAAUAGUUAAUUGUGUUACAUACAACUGAAGAAAAAACAAAACAAGUCAUUUAUUUUGGUUUAGAAAUGUAGUUUAUUGACAAAAUAGAAAUUACAUUUCCAUAUUGUAAUUAAAGUUCUAAUUUCUCUCCUCCAGCCGAAUCCAUCGUCCAAGUCGAUGGGAAACCCAAGUGUUGCUUUUUCUCCUUCAGUUCGAAGAUUCAGGCGAACCGCAUAGUUCGGGCACAGCUAUGGGUGCACCUUCAGCCAGCUGACGAAGUCACCACGGUGUUCCUGCAAAUCUCCCGCCUGAUCCCUGUCACGGACGGGGGCAGGAACGUACAGAUCCGGUCUCUAAAGAUCGACGUGAAUGCAGGAGUCAGCUCUUGGCAAAGUAUCGACGUGAAACAAGUGUUGUCGGUGUGGUUGCGGCAACCGGACACGAAUUGGGGGAUCGAGAUUAAUGCGUUGGACUCGAAGGGAAAUGAUCUGGCGGUUACCUCAGCUGAAGUGGGAGAAGGACUGGUGAGUUUAGAUUUGAUCUCCCAUCGAAGCAAUUUCCAUAUAGUUUUGUAGUUUAUCCUCGUCGGUUCUAUGGGAAGUAAUCCAUAACCCAUUUAUGAAUGCAUAAUAAUGCAAUAUUCACAUUUAACACCCAUGGCAAGAGAGUGCAAAUUCAUUUUUGUGUUAACUUUUGUAGCCAGACAAAUUUAGAACCAGGGCUUCAAAUACCAGUUGUUUAUCGAUACCUGCUGAUCAGAGGGGUUUUGGCACCCUGUGGAUUUGCUCUCAUGUGCUCAUAUGUAAAAAUAUAUUUUAGAACCUUUAAUAUAAACACACAUACCUAAUUUAAGGUGUUAACCUGUGACAGAAUAUUUGCCCUGGCCACCAAUAAUCUCAUGUCCUAUAACCUGAUUACAUAAAAAUUCACAUUGUUCAGGUGGCCAGAAAUUCCAGAAGUCUUCUGUGUGACUGUGCUAAUCAGAGUAAUUGCCUACAGCUUCUGUUAUCACACACACACACACACACACACACACACACACACACACACACACACACACACACACACACACACACACACACACACACACACACACACACACACACACACACACACACACACACACACACACACACACACACUACAGCUGGCACUCAUUUCUGGUGCAAUUAGAAUUCUUUUUACCAACCAACCAUUAAAUUAGUGUUUAAAAACGCAAUCAUUUCAGUGGCACAAAGUAUCACAACACCCAAGUUUGAAACCUUGAUUUAAAGGAUCAGCAAUAUUAGAUUGGACUAUCAAACGGCAAUAUGUUUCCCAAUGUGUCAUUCAAUGCAUGUUUCAUGUUUUCAACCAUUCUGUAUUGUGCCCUUACAGCAACCCUUCAUGGAGGUGAAGAUUUCGGAGGGCCCGAAGCGCUCCAGGAGAGACUCAGGCCUGGACUGUGACGAGAACUCCCCAGAGUCCCGCUGCUGCCGCUACCCCCUCACGGUAGACUUUGAAGACUUUGGCUGGGACUGGAUUAUUGCCCCCAAGCGCUACAAGGCCAACUACUGCUCUGGUGAGUGCGAGUACAUGCACCUGCAGAAGUACCCCCACACCCACCUGGUGAACAAGGCUAACCCCCGGGGCACCGCAGGGCCCUGCUGCACCCCCACCAAGAUGUCCCCCAUCAACAUGCUCUACUUCAACCGCAAAGAGCAGAUCAUCUACGGCAAGAUCCCCUCCAUGGUGGUGGACCGCUGCGGCUGCUCGUGA